AUGUCAAUUAUUGUUAAAAAAUUUCUAAAGACAAACCUUUUAGAAAAGCAACACUUUAAUAAACAUACUGAAAGAGAAAGAAAACGAUUGGAGUACAUUUAUAAAUCAAUAUUGGAUCGUAAAGCCUAUCUUUGUUUAUCACCUACUGAACAAUACAUUUUGAACGAUAAAGUAUUUGCAUUGAUUCUUAUUUAAAAGUCAUUAGAUCAUUCAAGAUAAGAGUAGCGAAUUUAUGAUUUCAAAACUCCUUUUGAUAAUGAUAAUUGUGCUGAAAAGAAAGAGAGAUCAAAGGAAAUGACAUUAACCAUGGCACUUUCAUCAAUGAAAAAUAGUAAUCAAAUUUAGUAAAGAACAAUGUCUAAAAAGAGACUAACCUUUUUAGAAUCUAUUGUAUUUUCUCCAGAUGGAACUAUUAAAAUUCUUUGGGAUUUUUUAUGUAUGCUUCUAAUAUUUUAUGAAAUAUUGUCUAUCCCUUUUAGAAUUAGUUUUGAUUUCGAAAUAAGUAAUGAUCUAAGUACAUUUAUCACUACUAUUUUCUUAAUUGAUAUUGCAAUAACAUUUAAUACUGCAGUUUGGAUAAAAGGGACAAUCAAUUAUAAAUAUUCAGUGAUAUUUAGAUAGUAUAUGAAACUUUGGUUUUGGCUGGAUUUAAUUGCAUCUUUCCCCUAUGAUAUGGUAUUAAACGAAACAAUCAUAAUUAGAUUAUAGAAUCUGUAUUAGUAACAGAUACCAAUGAAACUGAUUAAAGUACCAAAAAUAUUGAAUCUUCUAAAACUUUACAAUAAAGUGCUUAAAUUUUAAGACUAUUAAAAUUCUUUAGAUUUAUUAAAAUCAUAAGAUUACUUCGAUUAGCAAAAUUAAAAGUGAUUUUUGAUAAAAUUGAAGAACAAUUACAAACAUAUACUACUAUAAAUACAAUUGCCAGCUUUCUUAAAUUAAGUUUUUUUGUAUUAUUUUGGUCACAUUGGUUAGGAUGCAUCUUUCAUUUUGUAGGAAUGAAUGAAGAUCCUAAUCAUAAUUGGUUAGUCAUUGCUGGAAUAUAUGAUUCUCCAAUAGAAGUAAGAUAUGUAACAUCAAUUUACUGGGCUGUCACAACUAUGAUUACUGUUGGUUAUGGAGACAUAUCACCUUAAACAACAACUGAGAGAUUUUGUGGAAUCUUCUUUUUAUUGGUAGCUUGUGGAGUAUUAUCAUUUACAAUGAAUUCUAUAGGAAAUACUAUGUAAUAAAUGAGUUAAAAAAAAGAUUAAUAAAAAAAGAAUAUUGCUGAAAUCAAUAAUUAUAUGCAAAAAGUAAAAAUACCAAAACAUCUAUAAUAAAGAGUAAGAAAAUAUUUAUAAUAUAUAUGGGAUUCAAGUAGACUUAUUAAAUUAGAUGCUAUAACUAUUAAUUUAUCUUAAGAAUUGAAAUAGUUAUUAACUGUUCAUGUUAAUGGUAAUAUAUUAGCUACAUAUACAAAUUUCUGUAAAACUUUCUCUCGUGUUCUCCUCUUAGAUAUUACUUAAAUUUUAUUUGAAUAAACUGCACAACCAGAUGAAUAUAUCAUUAUUGAAGAUAAUCCAAAAAAUUCACAUCAUUUAUAUUUUAUCUAAGAUGGUUUAAUUAAUAUAGUAUUACCUAAAACAAGAUAAGUUGUAGCUAAAUUAACUAAUAAAUAAAUCUUUGGAGAAAUCAAUUUUUUUGGAAAUGUAGGUAGAACUGCAUCUGCUAAAAGUGAAGGAUUCAGUGAUUUAUUUGUUCUUAAAAGAGAUGAUUUUUUAUAAAUAUUAUAAAAAUAUCCUAAAGAUUUUGAGAAAUUCUAUUUAAUUUAAGAAGAAGUUAAUAAAAAUUAAUUUUAAGUACUUUAAAUACAUUGUUUUGCUUGUGAAUUACCAGGACAUGUAGUAAGAGAUUGUCCAUAAUUACAUUUUAUUGUAGAUCUUUAUGUAUAUAAUAAAACAAAAAAUAGAUGUAUAAGAUAAAUAAUGAAAGAAUAUGUAAGGAAAGAUAGAAUACAUUUUAAUGCUAUUAAACAUUAAUAUCUUAUUAAGAAAGAAGCUUUAAGUAUAUAAACAGUAAUUCCAAUGAUAGGAUUUAUUAUAGAAGAAUGCAAUUUGGAAGAUGCAUAAUUUAAAACUAUUCAAUUUAAAAGUAUUCCUUAACCUUUUAAAAUUAAAUCAAAAUUUAAAGAAGAUAGAAGUAGAAGAAGAGAAAUUUAAAAAGUUAUGCGUGCAUAAUAGAGUCAAGUUUAAAUGAUUAAUCAAAAGCAAAAUGAUAUCUAUAAUCUUACUAAAUCUCUUUCUUAAUUAAUUUAAUCUUCAACACCUUCAUUAAAUUUGCUUAGUAGUAGUAUAAGUCAUAGUAAAAUUAAUGAAAACUAAAGUUCAGAUGAAUAAAGUGAUUCUUAAACAAUUUAAUAAAAAUUGGAUGAAAUUAUAUUAGAAUAUCAAGUUUAAAAAGAAAAUUAAAUUUAAGAGAAUCUCUUUAUUUAAAAUAAAAGCUAAUAAACUUACUCAUUAAUUGAUCUUUUUGAAUUUGGAUUUGAUUUUGAAAUUUAUAACACACACAAUAAUUUGACUGUUGUUUUAAAAGAAGUUUAAAAAUAUUAUAAUGGUGCUCAAAUUAAACCAAAAAUAGAUACUGAAUAUGAGUAAGACUCUUAUAUUUUAUAAUAGUGUUAAUGUUUUUGAAGAAUAUUUGGAUUAUUAUGCAAUUAAUAUGGAAGAUAUUAAUAGAUUUAAACUUGAAGUUAAGCCAGAAAGAUUAAAGCAAUUUUUACCAUAUACUACAUUAGUUGAAAUUAAAUAAUCAAGACAAGUUUUUUUAUUUUAUUUAUUAUUAUAGUUUAAAUAAAAUUAAGGACGCAUUAAAAAUCCAUUAAGAUAAUCUGAAGUUAGUUCUUCUGAACAUUAUUCAAAAAGAAUGUGGAUAAGUUGA